UAUUUGAGUCAUCGGCAUCCGAAUAAACAGAAUCUCUUCCGAUUCCACAUACUGAUUUAUUUCCACAGUUUUUCCAUUUCCAUUUGAACAAUGGACAAUCAAAACAUGUACAAAAGAAAUUCAAUUUCAAACAGCGAAGAUCCGCCAAUGUCGAGGCUGUUCGUUAUAGGCCCCAAAACGCUUACCGAAAAUGACUACAGGAAGCAUUUCGAGGAGUUUGGCUCUAUUGAGGAAAUCUGGAUGGUAAACGACAAAGCGUCUGGAGAGUACAAAGGUAUAACCUACAUAAAGUACUCAAAAACUUCAGAAGCAGCUUGUGCUCUGGAAAAAAUGAACGGCAGCGCUUUAGUAACUGGUACCAGAAGAAUAAAAGUUAUGAUUGCUGCAAGUCGUGAUCAGGGAGCUAAACGAGACGGCAAUGAAGAAGAAAAAAUGCAACGUCUAUUUAUUGUUUGCCCCAAAACAAUGAGAGAAGACGACCUCUAUGAGCAUUUUCAGCAUUUUGGAGAUCUUGAUUACAUCAACAUCGUCAAGGACAAAAACACAAGAGAAAGCAAAGGCAUUGCCUAUGUCAAAUAUAACAGAUUUUCAGAUGCUGCCAAGGCUUUCGAAGAGUGCGACAGGAAGUACAAGCCAGUAUUUGCCGAGCCGAAAAGCUCAGAACAGAAUCAGAGGAGAGGUGGUGAAAAGCGAGACUACUUUGGCGGACCUUCGCCUCUACUACCAAACCCUGCUUCCAGGAGUAGCAGCUUUAAUAGUUUUCCGAUGGAUGCUCCAGGACCUUCUGGUAUCAAUGAAGGAUUUACCAAGCUCACAGUCAUUGCUAGUCCUGAUAUCAAUCAGGAUCAGUUGUGGAAAUUGUUUGAUAUUGUGCCAGGUUUGGAUUACUGUGAAAUUCGUUAUCAAGGCGGUCAUAUGCAACCGGCAAGGGCCAUAGGGGAAAUCGUCUAUGCCAGCCCCCAAUGGGCGGCACAUGCAAAAGACAAGCUGCACGGUUUCGAGUACCCUCCUGGAUUCCGUUUAAUCGUCAAGCCCGUAUUUGAUGGUUCUCCAAUGCCUCAAGAUUCCCAAGAGAAAAAGAAGGACAUCAUGCAACUAGCAGAGACAAUCGCUCAAGCUUCGAGUUUGAUACAGGCCGCUGGAUUAGAUCCAUCUACAAUUCUUAACCUGAAAGGAAUAUCAGACUCUGGAGGUUCAUCAGUUCAUUGCAGUGCAAAACUUCCCAAUCCAAAACCUUUUUCUAGCAUUGAUGAUGAAUGUGUUUCAAGGUGCUUCAUUGUGUGUACCACUCCUAUAUCAAACUCAGUACUCAAAGAUGUAUUUUGCCGUUUUGGCAAUCUCAUUGAUGCCUACUUGUUACCAAACAGAAAUUGUGGUUAUGCCAGAUACAGCGAUCGUCAAUCUUGUGAAGAAGCUAUCCGUGUUCUUCAUGGCGCUGAGGUGAAUGGCGUAAGGUUGAAAGUGAUUGUGGCUGAGGAGCCGAGAAAAAGGCAGAAGCUUGAAUCGCCCUGGUAAAAAACCUUACAAGACAUUUUGACACAAAAGGACAAAAAAAUAUAGAAUAUAGACCUACUUACUACUAAAAAGGAUCGAUGUUUCAUUUAUUCAUAAUGAUAAUUACAAGACAGUCGUGACACUACUACUGUACAGUUUUACCUAAUUUAUCAACUGCAAUAAUGUGUAUUUGUUUUUUUUAAACUUGGAUCUCUUGAAAUUCGAAUUUUAGUGCUAGAGCUCAUUUAAUUUCCAUUGACGCAAUUGUAUUUUUGAUUUUCAAUAAAGUGCUUUUUUUAAUAAAGGAUUA